UAGCUGGUCCCAUUCCAUCAAAUAUUUCUCUUUUGUUCAAUUUAAAUCGAGCUGUGAGUACUUUAUUGGCUGCACAUUCUGCACAUUCUUUUUAAUGACCUUUCGUUUGUCUUGACUAUCGUUAAGCAAAGCCUUGUUUGGUUCCUACAUCCAACUCCUAUUUCUCCUACACAUCAAACUCUGUCAAUUUAGUACUCACGUAUGCAUAGCAUGGCUAUGAAGGGCAGCAAAUUUGAUUAAAAGUUCUGCACAUCAUGGCUUAUCUUUAUACAGGAGGAUUAGUGACAUGGAUGGGCCUAAUCAGGAAUUUCCUUUGCUCAUAAACAUGACAGGAAUAGUAAGAUUCCUUCUAACAGGAAAUCUGCUUAGUGGAAACCUGCCAGAUUCACUCUUGCAAGAUGGAAAGAAUGUUGAUGUGUCAUACAACAACUUCACAUCGCAAGGCCCUGAAAAAGGCGAUUGUCAAGAACAAAAGUCAGAAUACAAUCUCACAUUUUCUGUAGGUUAUAAUUUUAAAAUAUAAAAUUUAAUCUUUUAAACUGCAAUUAAGCUACAAAUUUAUGUUUUUUCAAAACUUGAGGUGGACUGUAGCUCACCAGAGCCCCUGUGUAGGUACGCCUUUGCCAUUUCUUCUCUGACAUUUUCUAGACACACAGAAUGUCUAUGUAUGCAUCUCCGACACUAGCGCCUAAAAUGUCUGGGAGAGCAUGCUUGAUUGACGAACAACAGUCAUGCAAUUAUAUACACAAAGCAAAGUCAGUCAAGUUUUUUUGAAGUUCAAUCGGUACAGGUGUAGUGAGUCCCACAAUUGACAAUUCUUCCUAUUUUAAUUGAUCGCAUACGGAGGACUUGCUAUUUGUCCUGUGAUAGAAGAGAGAA